UUUUUUUCUUUUUUUUUUUUUCCCACCCUGAACAGACACCACAGGACAGCACUUGUUUGUUACCAACGAUUUCCACCGUUAGCGAACGUGUUUCGAGAAACCUAAUUGGUUGCCAAGGACGAGCAGGUUGGAUUGGGAUUGAUUUGUGUGUCAGUGUGUAUAGGCUCUGAAUGAGGUCGCAGUCGUGAUCGCUUGUGUUUAUUGAUCUGUGCGCGGGCUCCGAGGGAGCAUGAUAGAAAGUCCCUGUGGAAAGUGGUACGAGAUGGAGGUGUAUGUGGAUAAAAACGAAUAAAAUAGAAAUGGUAACGAGAACGUCACGAGGGAAUGGAGCACGUGCGGAUGGAGGGAGAGGAGAAGGGAGGGGUGUGAAGAGGGCGGGAUUAUUAAGAUUAGAUAUGGGACGGGAGAAGCCGCAGACGGCUGUAAAUAGCGGGAGCACAUGCGGGAGAGAGAGGAGGGUGGGGCGAUAAGGUUGGUCGCGUAAAGGAUGUAGAGAAAAGGAUGGCGUCUAUGACGGUCACUUGAAGAGUUUGAUCGAAAUGUCAAAAGGUACCUUGCGGAAAAGGCGAGAGACGAU